AUGGACCGAAUGAUCCUCAUAGCAGCUCUUUGCGGGUUGCUGUUUCACGUCUCUGCAGCAAAAAAUUUAGUAGAAGGACCAAUCAAACCACCCUCCUAUGAUGGUAAGACGUCUUGACAUUAUAAUUAAUUUUUAUCUACUUAUUUAUUUUAUUUAUUUAUUUGUCUAUUUUUUCUUAUCAUACUUACUCAGUACUUACUGUUUUACUCAGUAAAUUUUUACGCACUUCUCUCAUCCUCUCUCGAGUCAAGAAAUAUGGUGGGCUGUUGCAGGCAACCCAGAACUAUAAAUUCGGUUUACUUCGAGUUUUCUGUAUGGAAAAUAUCUUAAGAUGAUGUUACACAAGAGGAUUCGCAACGACGACUUUUAGCGCAACACAGCGUUGCAACAUUGUUGCGACAUUGUUUCGAAUAGGUACAACAUUGUUCCAACUUUGCAACGCUAGCUAGCUGUGUUACGCUAAAAAUCGUCGUUGCGAAUCGUCCAGUGUAACAUCACCUUUAUAGAAUUUCCCGCUACAGUUACUUCAUUGUAUAAUACAAAGGACAAGUCCUUUGUUAGGGCCUGUUUACAUGGAGUGAGGGACCCCGGUCCAGUGGGGUAAGUUUCUUUUGUUUUCACGCUCUGGGGGACACAAAACAAAAGAAACUUACCCCACUGGACCGGGGUCCCCCACUCCAUGUAAACAGGGUCUUAAUGUUUUUUCUGAUUUGAUUUUUAAAGAAUAGAUAGGAAAUCAUCAGAAAUUAUACAAAAAUGAAAAAAUGCUGAUAUUAACCAUCGAUCGCUAUGGUUACGAGAUACGACGUCAUAUACGUCAUUUCAAGCCCUUUUUACUCAAAUACGCAUGAUACGGACGCUUUUCUUAUUAAUUCCAACGCUAACAAAUGUAUUAGGGUGGCAUUUGAUUGUUUUCUUUUCGGAAUUGUGACUGUAAGUGUUCGUCUUCUUUUAUUUUUUUUGUUUUCAAUUCUCAUUUUCUCCGAAAAAGAAAACUGACAAUUUUCCAUAAAAAUUCCACUAAAAUGCUGGAAUAAUGCUUUUUGACUCACUAAAGUGUUGGGAAAAAUAUGUAAAAAAGCCUCUCCACAACCCAUCACUGUCGAGCACAAUACUAAUUUGUUGUUAUUACCCACUUCAGAAACUUUAGGGAGAAUGGGUAAAAGGUUUGGGGAGCAGGGAUAUCUGGGAUCGUUUGGGUGGACAAGCCUUAACUAUGAUUGGUCGAUGGUAUUCAAGGCAACCAAACAAACAAAACUUUUAUUCACACAGAUUAAGCCUAAACACAGUUUCCCUCAAUUUAGCAAAGAAACGCUAUUAGUGACUGCUAUUCGAGGCAGGGAAAAGUAAUCGUAUUGGAAAUAAUGAAAAUGACUCAACAUAACAAUAAAGAAGCUGAUCUGUAGAGUUACUUUAACCAAUCAUAAGUAAUAACGCUUGUCUACACAAACCAUCGCAGAAAUCGUUGCCCCUAAAGCUUGUACUCAUUCCCCUUAUAGUUUCUGGAAUUGAAGCUAGUAGCUACCUUUCAGAACUACUACGCACAAGCAUACCUGAAAAAAUAUCGAAGAAAAAGCACAAGAUAUUAUGCAAAUUAGAUUUGACAGCUGUCGAAUAGUAUCCUUCCUCCCCCAACCAGUUUUUAUCACUCGGUAUCGUAUGAGGGCUGCACCAGUUACCUGCAGAAUAUGGUCCUACGACCGAUAUCAACUGCACACCAUACAGAGGAAAAACGCAAAUGUAUUCAAAGCACCCGCAUAUGAAAACAAAUUGGGAGACUGGGUGGAUUGGAUUUGGAAAACGUUGCGUACCUCUAGACACAUCCUAGCCACGGUCCCUGAUCUGACAUACGUUUAUAUGUAUAUAAGUUGUACAAUGAUGGAAGUAUCACAACGCUUAAUAUACUCCCGAAGUUUAAACAGUAAUCUCACCGAUAUUUUCAACUUCUUAACCACUUUCAGUGUUAAAGAAAAGUCCCUCCAAAAAAUGAAACAGCAAACAACAUAGCCAAGCAUUUCCUUGGCAGGCCAAGUGGAAUUCGUGGACCUCCAAGCUCCCAGGAUACGUAUGUGUACAACGUAGCCUACAUUAUAGACGACUCUGGUUCAAUAGGCAACAAAAGUUUCCAACAAGGAGUCACAGCCUUACGAAUGAUGAUCGACAGAAAAGGAGAUAGAUCUGAUUAUGCCGCCAUCAAGUUUUCUACCACCGCUAGCGUUCUAUUCCCGUUCGUCUUAGGAUGCCAAGCUAGGCAGAAGCUGUUGAACGUGCCUUACACCGGCGGUGCAAGCAACACUCAAGCUGCCUUGCGAUUGGCUAGAACAGAGCUGUUCGAAAAUCCCAAUUCAGGUAUUACUCCGGGGGGCGGACGCUCAGCAUUAGUGCUGACGGAUGGUCAAUCGAACAUCAACAAGACUCAAACAAUACCCCAAGCAGAUUUACUGAAGGCCGCGGGAGUCGAGGUGUUUGUUUUAGCAGUAGGAAAAUAUACUUCCGCCGCCAUUCAAGAGAUGAGGGGGAUCUGCAGUUCCCCUUACCAGGAUCACUUGUUCCGCGUCGAUGAUUUUAAGUCUUUCGUGGAUGUUGUUAAACUCAUUCCCAAGAGUAAUAACUUGUUACCGUGUAAGGAAACAUGA